UACUCCGCGGUCUAGGCACACAGUGAGCAACCUGGCUUAUCAUGCCUCCGCCGCCCUCAUUUGUCGACCGCUACCACCUCGCAGCGCGGCUCGGCGCCGGCUGUUCCGGUGUGGUCUUCUCGGCUUCCGAUCGCAAGACCGGAGAGCCCGUGGCCAUCAAGCUCGCUCGCCGCAAGCGAGGCUUGCGGUGGUCGCUUCUGUGCCGCACCUUUGCCAACGAGGCGGAGAUGUUGAAGCGGUGCGUCCACCCAAACGUCAUUGGCCUGCGGUGCCUGCUCACCGGUCCGGACGAGGUGGCUCUGGCGCUCGAGCUGGUGAGUGGCGGUGACGCGCAGCAGCUACUGCAAAGACACGGCGCGCUGUCCGAGCCUGUGGCGUGUGCGAUCACCUGCCAGGUUGCGCACGCGCUGGAGCACAUCCACGCGUGCGGCGUGCUCCACCGCGAUGUCAAGCUGGAGAACUUGCUCAUCGCGUCGAUCGAUGGGCCGCGCGUGCUGCUCUGCGACUUUGGCCACGCCUGUGACUGCGGCGCAGCUGCCGCCGAGGAGCCGACCGCGCCUCCGUUCUCCGGCACCACCGGCUACGCCGCGCCAGAGGCGGCGGAGUAGACGGUCACACAGACACAGGCUCACUGAACACAGACACACAGAGCUAAGACAUCCAGCCAGCGUGGCGGGAGGCCGCGCUGGACUUUCCCGCAGGUGGAGGGAGGCCACUGCUGGAGCGCCGCCGCCGACGUGUACAGCCUCGGCGCAUGCCUCUUUGCCCUCCUCGCAAACUCGCGCGGCGCGUGGGCGGGCGGAGCUGCGCCUGACUUUGGCCACCGCACGUUGCACUCUGUCGCGGC